GAAAGAAAUAUUAAAAACAAGAAUAUAAAUAUUAAAUAUCGGAAAUCAUAAUAUGAGAAAUAGGGAUUAAAUGUAACACACAAUACUAAUAAGAUAUAAUAAGACAUAAAUGUGUUAUACAAGACAGAAAAUAGUUUAUUGUUUAUCUAUAGUUUUUAUUUAGAAACAUUCUAAAACUCAAGUUGAAAUUUUAUGCGACCAAAGAAAAGCUAAUAUUUACUUUCUUUUUAUUAAGUUUUGAAAAAAUAAUUAUCAGUAUUAGUAGUUUUAAAAUUUGACACGAACUAAUAAUGAAGAUGAGUAGUACUUAAUUGCUUACAUCGCCAGUUGGCGAAUUUAAAAUAAAAUUUUCUUAUUAAUGAGCCCAAUAAAAAACGAAACUGAUCGUCACGAACGAGUUCAAGCCAGUAAACUUGCUCCUUCAAAAAGAAGAAGGCGAUAGCUAUAGCUUUUCUUCACUUCUUUGCAGUAAGGUAUAAAAAAUUGAAAUAGAACAAAAGCGUGGUUAUUUAAAUGAAUCUUCUAUUUUUCUGCAUAUAUAUUUCAUUAUUGGAUGUUAAGAGUUAUUUUUGUUACUGUAACAAGAGCAUUACCUAAUCGAAACAUGAGUAUAUUCACACAAUACUUGAAUCCUAUCACCGGAGUUGCCUCGUGGCAGGAAAAAGAUCAAUAUUACGAUUAUCAUCAAGAAGUAGCUAGAUCCGCCUUUGCAGAUAUGCUACAUGAUCAUGAACGAAAUGAGAAAUAUUACAUUGCCCUUAAAGCUGCUAUCGAGAAGAAACACCAGACUGGUGAGGAGGCUAAUGUUCUUGAUAUAGGUACUGGGACAGGCUUGUUGUCAAUGAUGGCUGCCAAAUGUGGAGCAGAUACUGUAACGGCAUGCGAGGCUUUUAAACCAAUGGCUAAUUGCGCUGCAAAGAUAAUAAAAGAGAAUGGCUUCGAGGACAGAAUUAAGUUAAUUCAUAAGCGUUCCACGAAAAUAACAGUAGGUAAGGAUGGUGACAUGCUGAAACGUGCGAAUAUUCUAGUCACUGAGGUAUUUGAUACCGAAUUGAUUGGCGAAGGGGCAUUGUCAACAUUUCGUCAUGCACACGAGGUUCUUCUCGAGGAAAACAGUAUAGUUGUGCCACAUAGAGGAACAGUAUGGGCACAAGUAGUCGAGAGUGCGAAAGUUUGCGCUUGGAAUCGUGUGAGAUCUAUUAAGAAUGGAGAGAUAUUGGUUGAUGCUCCACCGGCUAUCCAAGCAUGCUCUGGUGCUGCUGCUGUGCACGAUAUGCAACUGUCGCGUCUUCCUCGUGAUAGUUUUGUACCUUUGCUACCGGCACAGCCUAUUUUCAAGUUUGAUUUUUCUGGCAAGAAACUUCUGUUGAACAAUGAAAAAGUAUCGUUGCUUACACAACCGAUAACAAGUGGGACUGCACAUGCAAUUUUUAUGUGGUGGGACUUGAAUAUGGAUACAGAUAAUCGGGUGUUGCUGAGUUGCGCACCUGUAUGGGAGCAUCCAAGUAUACUUGACGAUGUGAAGAAAAAUGUUUCGAGUUUGCAAGAAAUGGCAGAUUUGAUACCUUGGAGAGAUCACUGGAUGCAAGCUGUGUAUUACCUUCCAGAGGAAAUUCCCAUCACAUGUGGUAUUGAUGUCAAUCUUAUUGGUUAUCACGAUGAAUAUUCCUUCUGGUUUAAAUUAUUAAAUGGCCCUAUAGAUGAGAUUCCAGAUUGUCAAAGACCCGAAUGCAAUUGCUGGGCGCAUAUCGCGUACUCACGGACACGUAUCAGUCAAUUAAACGAUACAAUUCGUAAUCAGAAAUACCUAGAAGCGUUGCGAAAGAAGAUUACUACGAGCAGUGUUUGUCUCUGUCUCUCGGAUGGUUGUUUAUUGGCCCUAGCGAUUGCAAAAUUAGGCGCAAAGGUAUUUUUAUUGGAACAGAAUUUUCUGUCGCGCAGAACUAUGGAGAUGUUUGUGCAGGCGAACGGGCUCUUUGAUAAGGUAAAGAUCGUCGAGUCAGUCGACAGUUUACCGGAACCAAGCGAGAUCGAUUUUAUCUUUGGCGAGCCGUAUUUUCUGAGCUCCAUUGUACCUUGGGAGAAUCUACGGUAUUGGUAUCUCGCCUCUCGAUAUCCUUCGAGUAUCGCAAAGAUGCCAAUUGCAGCAACAAUCAGAGCCGUUGCUGUUGAAUUCAAGGAUUUACAGAAAAUAAGAGCCCCUCUUGGCAUCUGCGAAGGUUUCGAUCUCUCUUCCUUUGAUAGACUUAUUCAGAUGUCUAGCGAGAAAAGUGAUAAUCCUGUGGAAGCGCAGCCACUUUGGGAAUAUCCUUGCAAAGCAUUAUCUUUACCAUUUGAUAUCAUAAAGCUCGAUCUAACGCGAAACGUGAAUUUUGACGAGCGCAAGAGAAUAACAGGAGAGAUUCCGAUUUUAGACAACGGCACUUGUAAUGGCGUCGCUAUAUGGGUGGAUUGGCAAUUGGAUUCGGAUCUGUCGAUAUCUUGUGGUCCAAUUGAAGAAAUAGUGCCUGGCAAGCGUAUAUCCUGGGAUCCAUAUACAAGACAAGGCGUGCACUUAUUUCGUGGAGUAUCCAAUGUUACGAAAGAAAGCACACUUUCUUGGUCGUUUAUCUUUGUCCCACAAAAUGGCGAAGUAGAAUUUGAAUUUAAUAUAUUAACAAAUAAUUGAUUGUAUUAAUAAACAGUUUAUUUGUGUUUAUUUAA